AUGUCGUGGGAGAAGCAAGGCUGGCAGGAGGCCGAGGAGGACCCCUGGCAGGAGACGAACUGGUGGCAGGAGACGAACUGGUGGCAGGACGAAUCCUGGCAGGACGACUCCUGGCAGGACGACUCCUGGCAGGACAACCCCCGCCAGGACGACAACUCCUGGAACUCCUGGCGGGACGACGAGACGAAGGCCAGCAGAGGGCACGGCAGUUUGGAGAAUCUGAACGCCCGGAAUCGCCGGGAGAUCAAGCGGUGGCGAGACGACAAGGAUGAGCUCGAGAAGGCCCGGUAUACCAUCCAGCAGCAAGAAGAUCUUAUCGACAACCUGAGAGGAUGUCUGUGGUGUGAGGAGGACAAAACGCAGCAGCUGACCGAGCGAGCAGACUCCUUGAAGAACACCAUGUUCGAAAUGGCAGACACGAUCCAGGAGAUGAGUGGGCAAAUCGAUGAGCUAAAAGGAGAGUCUGUGGAAUCCAUGCGAAGCCGCAUGCAAGCCGAGGGCAAGGUGUCAGAACUCCAGCAGGAGCUGAAGAAGCAGAGGAGUCGGAGCAGCUUGGAGAUGGGCUCUAAAGACCAGGAGUUGAAGGAAAUGCAGGCAAAGCUCGACGCGCAGGAUGCCGAGCAGAGCGAUCGUCUCGGCAGCUUGCACACUGACUUCAAGAGGUACCAGGAGGUUACAAGAAAGGCCAUUGCGGAUUCCAAAGAGCAAGAGGACUUUCUGGCAGUGAAGUUGCGGCGGAUCGAGAAAGACAAGGCGAGAUAUGUGGAGCUCGUCGGCCAGUACGACGAGCACUGGCACGCGGACGGAAACCGCAGCUACGAAGUCCCACGCCGACGCCGACAGAGGUGGCUGAGUCUGACUGAGGUCCGCUUGCACGAGGGCCCUGGCAACGAUGAGGACGAAGGACCUCCCGUGACCUCCCUGCGAAAGUGGCCAAAAAGACGUCAGAGUGGCACUGGGAGAGUGCAGAGCUUUGACUUCGACUUUGAGUGCUUGCGCAAGCGUGCUGCAACCUUCAUCUUGAUAUCCCCUUGA